GCCCAUGCUGUGGAUGAACUCCACGCUGUGGGGCACGAGCACCAUGAGCUUCACACGUGACGAGGAGCUGCAAUUGGUCGGCAUUGUACAGAGCUACCCCUGUCUCUACGACCAGACGCAUCGCAACUACAAGGACGUAUUUCUGCGCGACAGUCUUUGGCGCGAGAUCGCUUUGAAGUUCGACGGCAAAACAGACGAGGACUGCAAAAAACGUUGGCGAACAAUCAGAGACACGUACAGGAGAAGACAUAAGAAGACAAGCCAACAGAAUCAGGAGAAUGGCGCAAAAAAGCGAUUGUGGCACUUGGCUUCCUACCUCGGGUUUUUGGAAAAUUGCAACGACGAAGUCAAAUCUACAGCAGUGGCAUCAUACGAAGAGAGAGGGGAGGGAUGUGAAGAUGGUCUGCAGGGUGAAAGUGAAGAGAUAACAGUUGAGUACACCAACUCCCCCACACCUCCUUCCAUAGAUAACGAGAAUGAUGGGGAUUACCCACCCUCGCCCUCCACCGCCUCACAAUCAGCUGUCGAGGAUCGAACUCCACGCGGAAGUAAGCGGAAGAGGUCUCACAGGUGA